AUGCAAAACUUAUGGAUAUCCGAUAAUGAUGAGAAUCCACCCUGGAAGUUGCAUGGAAUCUCUAAUCGUUUGGUUGCUAAUGUGCAAGAAGUCUUGCGUUCGAGCUUAGCCGAUGCCACGAAAUUUUUCUCAGCAAUUAAAGUGUCCUUAAAGGUGUCCAAAUUUCUCUUGGAUGCAUCCGAGUUUGUUUAUUGCUUUCGAGUUUCUCAGGCAACAUUCAAUUCAAUCCAAUCUUUUUCUCUGAAAAAUCCCAAACUGGAAUGCACCAGUAUUCGUUAUCAAUAUGAAGCCCUUUGUCUAAUGCUCCAAUCGAUGAAUGCGUAUUCGAUGUACAUAGAGCCAGAGCACAGGCAGAUUUUUUACGUGACGGCUCCAGAGUUCCUUCAUCGAAUGAGUCGCUUGGGUUUGAGUCUAGUUGAGAACACAGAGGAGGAAGAGGCAUUACUCACCUCUCUUCCUCGUUGUGAUCAUUCUGCUGGAUUUCUUCGCGAUCCUUCCUUUUGUUCAUUCCCUCCCGGCACUCUGGAAGAGAUGAGUUUUGAUUCAUCAUGUAGAGUCACUUCUCAACGGCGAUCAACCAUUGUGGCCAGUAUUAACGAGAGUGAGUGUUUGAGUAGUCUCGCCCAAGAUACUAUUCCUGUUGGGAAUGUCUCUCAUCAUUCAGCCGACAGUGAUGAGCGAACUGGUGGAAUUUGCACGGCUUUGGCAUUAGCCGAAUUGGGUUUCUUUUACUGCGCCAAUUGCAAUUACCAUCUGGCAUGCCGAUUGGCUAAUCUAGCUCUGAGAAGAAUUUGCAUGAAAUCCUCUUCUCCCCGAGUUGUGGUUCAGGUCUUGCGACUCGUCUGUCAGAUCUGCCUGAUCCAAAGGAAGUUUGUAUUUGGCAUGAAGAUCAUCCAGUUGGUUGCUCAGUUCACCAGAGAAACACUGGGUUCGCACAACAUCCUCUAUGCAACUGUUCUGCUUGACCUUACCUGUCUAUUUCUCAAUACAGAUACUACCUCAAGAUCUUUGGAAACCUACCUGGUGGGUCAUCCUUUAAUCUGUGCGCAAGACUUCCCUUUAUUCGUCAAAAAAUGA